AUGUCCAUGGAAGCAUCAGAGCAGUCUAUUGCGUCAAGCGGCACGGAUACUUCCUUGGCUGACUCCGUCCAUCGCCUUAGACGGCGCGCCAAAGAUCAAGCGACGCCACAUAACAUCUUGCUAUUCCUCGUCGCAUUCCGCAUAUUGAAUGCGCUCAGUGUGCGCACUUUCUUCCAACCCGAUGAGUUCUUUCAAUCGUUAGAGCCGGCAUGGCAAGUCGUGUUUGGUAAGGACAGCGGUGCCUGGAUCACAUGGGAAUGGAAACAUGAACUGCGAUCCUCCAUCCACCCCCUGUGUUUUGCCGUCGUAUAUUACAUUACCGGCUCUUUUGCAUGGAUUGCGCGACUCUCCUCGUUGAACGCAGCCGAUUUGCUCAUUGUAGCCCCGAAGGUCGCACAAGCUAUCAUCGCCGCAACCGGAGACUAUUACACGUGGAAGCUGGCCAGCAAGGUAUAUGGAUAUGAUAACUAUGGAGCAUGGGCUACACUAGCAUUGACUUCCCUGAGCCCCUGGCAAUGGUUCUGUUCAACAAGGACAUUCUCGAAUUCCGCAGAAACUACAUUGACGGUAGUCGCCUUAUAUUUCUGGCCGUGGGAAUGGUUUCUUGACAAUCAGGCGGUAGAAGAGGAGGAUGAAGUCGAAGGUUUGGAUGAGACUCUUGAAAGCGCGAGUCGACAGUCAAGGUAUAGAUGGCCUGGGCUUGAUGGAGACAUAUUUACCAUCAUGUUUCUAACGGUAGCGCUAUCCAGCCUCCGAAAAUGUCUUUUACUUGCAGCGCUAGCGUGCGUUUUGCGCCCUACGAACAUUAUCAUAUGGGCCUGUCUGGCCACCUUUGCCGCUUACCAAUGUCCACGAUCGGCUGUUAUAAUACUUGUUAGAGAGUCUUUUUUCUGCGGAUCCGCUGUCCUCGGCCUUUCGGUCCUGAUCGAUCGUCUCUUUUACGGCGUCUGGACAUUUCCCAUCUUCCAAUUUCUCUAUGUCAACGUUGCCCAGUCUAUUGCUAUCUUCUAUGGCCACAAUGACUGGCACUAUUAUCUCUCACAGGGAUAUCCAUUACUUUUGACUACGGCUCUCCCUUUUAGUCUCAUCGGGCUGUACAAGUCCUUGCGUCCAGGUGACGCAGCAGGGGCUAGUCACCGAAGAUCGAUCAAGUUUCAGUUAGCAACAGUGUCUCUUGUUAUGCCGGCCGUGCUCUCAAUCAUUUCACACAAGGAAGUCAGGUUUAUCUAUCCAUUGCUCCCUGCUUUGCAUAUUCUGACGGCCGAGCCGCUUGUGUCCUUUUUCCUCCCUGCUAUCUCAUCCUCAAACAACGCUCACUUGCCGCGCAGGUUGACGUUGCUAUUUCUCGUCCUUGCCAAUAUCUUCAUCGCAUAUUAUACCACUCUAGUCCACGCACCCGGCCCGAUAGAUGUUCUCUCAUUCUUACGGGCACGACACGAUGCCCAUCAGGAAGAUUACGGUUACCCGCUCGCUCCACAUCCAUUAUUUGGCGGAUCAGAUAAACCCGUACACGUUCCGCCAAAGAACAUGACAGUUGGCUUCCUAAUGCCCUGUCACAGUACUCCUUGGAGGUCGCACUUGGUCUUUCCCUCUAUAGAGGCAUGGGCGCUUUCAUGCGAGCCUCCUGUCGGGCUCAACGAAACACAAAAGAAGGUCUACGUGGAUGAAGCGGACCAAUUCUAUGCCAAUCCUACCGAGUUUUUGCAACAUCACAUGAUAGGCGGUCUUUGGCACGUCCCUCGUCGACCAUCAUACAUGUCAACCUUGCCAGCGCGAUCACCACCGUCAGCUUAUUACUCUCAUCAAAAAGCCUAUCCACUUAAGGAGCCUCUGUAUCACCAGUGGCCGGAUUACCUUGUUUUCUUCGCGCAACUAGAGCCAACAAUCCGUACGGCACUUCGCAGUAGCUCGUAUGGUGAAUGCUGGCGGACAUGGAAUACAGCAUGGCAUGAUGAUUGGCGGCGGAAAGGCGAUGUAGUCGUUUGGUGUUUAGACCCAAAUGAGCAGCAAGAAUGGCGCAAACUCCAACACAAACGACAAUCGGACCGUCGUGAGAAGCAAUUGGACCGUAUAAUCUCGCGAUUUGAGAAGCAAACGCAUGCAAAGAGCAGUUAUAAUCCGUUCAAUUUCUUUUGGCGACCGAUACGCAACGCCGCUACUACCACCACCACCCACCGCUCCUGGUUCUCCUCUCUUCCAUGGCCGUUCACAUCUACAACAUCAUCACCAUUCUCACUCUCAACCCAGAGGGCAUCACUGCUUCCACCGUGGUUUAAAAACCCUCUUACCACUCACCGACGACCUCAAUAUAUACCCAGUUUCGUACAAAAUUAUCUGCCGGCAAAGAGGAGCCGAUUCGAUCCACGAUCAUGGUUUUCAUCUUCAUCUUCGUCUUGGUCAUCAUGGUGGCCUUGGAAUAAUAAAGGUCGAAAGAGGGGCUAUACUGUUAAUCCUAGUUAUGAGCGCGGUUUAUGGGAGUAAGUAACGUGUUUUCUUACUGAUGGCGCAGGUAUGGAUCCUUAUUGCCUUUUGAUUCAGGGUACAUAUAUAGUUAUUUCUAUCUAAUAUGAAUAAAUGCUUCAAGCCGACAACCGGUAUCUUCACAUUUGUCCCUGCUGUGAGAAAUCAAUCUCAUACUCUUAAAAACUAAGGAUCAUAUAACGCGCAAAACAUCAAUCUACAUGAGAUGAAUCGCUGUUGACGUCCGCGUCCAGGUCACACCAGUCCUCACCAUUGUCGUCAUGUAUUCAACAGGUUUCUCACUGGUAAUACACUAGCAUUACUAGUUG